AUGGACGACAAUCAGCAAGACGAAUACGCAGAAGAGAUCGACGCUGUUGACGAAGACGAGUAUGACGAAGAUGAAGGAUAUGACAACGUCAACCCAGGUGAUUUUGGAGUCAACCAAUUUGGCAAUAAUCCUCCGUAUCAAGUCAUUGGUAACCAAUUUAUUGACUCCAGAGGCAGGCCUCAAUCGGCAAAUGUAAAUUCGAAUGAAUUUGGAUCAGGUAAUAAUAAUUUUCAUCCCUCUGAAGGAGCAGAUAUGAAUCAACCUCAUCCUGGUCAGGCUUAUCAAUUUAACAACUACCAGAGCGAUGCUUUGAACUUUGCAAGGCAAUUUGCAGGUAAAAAGAAUAAAAGGCCAGUCUCUGCCUCUCAUCCUGGUAAAGCUGGUAGAAAUCCUAUGACAGACAUUGCCAGCGGAGUCACACAAACUGCUCAGAAUUCCAAAAUGGGAACUGAAAUUUCAUUCACCGACAUCAAGAGGAUGAAGCCUAGAAGGAUCAACCAAGAAAAGGAGAAACUCUAUGAUCAAGUCAUUAAGUUAAAAGUGCAGAUGAAUUCCUAUAAAAAUGCUAAUUUAAAAUUAAGGACACAAUUAAAAUUCUUAGAAAAGGAACAGAACGAGAAAGAAGGCAUCAUAGAAAGCCUGGUUAAUAAUAACGAAGUGUCCACUAUCGGUCGCCUAGGAAGUGUGAUUAAUAAUAAGAAAUAAGUCUGAGUCAUAUCUAGUAACUGCGUUAAAAAGGCAAGUGAAAGAACUCAAAGCAGAAAUCAGCGCCAGAGAGGAAGAAAUCUUGUCCUACAAAAAGAACUUCAAAAAUACCAAAAUCAACGAGCUUGACAUUGAGCUGAGGUCUUACAUGGACGAGUGUCUCCGUCUGAAGCACUUGCUCGAGGACACCGUCAGGAGCAAGGAUCCGCUGGCCGACCCUGACCAGUUGUCUAAGAUAGAAGAGCAGUUCCAGCAGCAGAAUACAGUUAUCAAUAACUUGCAUAACGAGAACCAAGAACUCCAGAACAUGAUUGCUCACAAAGAUAAUGAAACUAUAGAGUGGAGGAACCUGGUUGAGGACUAUCAGAAGCGGAUUGACAGACUUCGCCCAGCUGCAAAAGACAACAAAAAGCUCAGGAAGAUGAAUAAAGACAAGAAAAUUGAACUACAAAGAAUUCGUCAGGAACUGCUUCUACUCAGGUCGAGAACUAGUCCAGAGGUAAAGGAAAAGGUCGGAGAGAUCAUGAAAAAGUAUGACGCCUUACAGGGUAAAGUCGGUAAUAACAAAGCCAAGAUUAAUUCACUUAAGAAAAGUAAAAACAAACUUCAGGCUCAGAGGAAGGAACUUAUUGACCGUAUUGAGGAAUUAGAAAAUGAAAGAGACCAAUUUGCACAAGAUUAUGAAGAAGAAUGUAGCCUCAAGAAGAAAUUCGAGGAACUCUAUGGAGAAGAAAGAGAGAAGAACAUCUCAUUGAGACAGCAUCUUGAUGAACUCACUAAAGAUGGUAAGAAGUCAUACCCAAGAAAUCAGAGUGCCAGGCCUAAAAGUGCCUCCAAGUACGGAAGAAAACCUGAUUCUGCUGACGACGACAAUAAUGCAGAGGAUGAACAAGCAAGAGAACAUGGAGGUACAAGAGAUGCCUUUGGAAGUGAUGCUAGCGAUGAGAAAGAAGUCCUACUUGAUAAAGUCAGUUUUAGUAAAGUUGACUCAGUAGCUGGAGAACUCCGAGAGACUCUUAUCACCCGUAAAAUUCCUUUUGAAAAUCUGGAAAAUGAAAUCCCAAAUGAGCCUCUUGCUUUGUCAGAGUUCAGAGAACUUCUUACUAACAAUUAUAAUAUUUCCGAGAAGGAUGCUAAGCUUGCUGCUAGAUAUAUUUAUGAAGAGGAUGAUAUCGACCCUGAUGGAAAAGUGAUGUAUGAUGAACUAAAGCAACUAAAUCCAGAUGUAAUUCUUGAAAGACUUCAAAAAUUUAUUUGUAAAAACAACACAAUCAAUCCUUAUCAGGUUGAUGACCUUGACCAUGAGAUAGAUGAGGAGAUCCCUCAAGAAUCGCUUCCUAAGGAAUCAAUUGAAGUCCCUGACGAAGACUCAGAUAAUAACGAUGAGGAUGAUUAUAGCGAUAUCGAUGAUGAUUUUGAAGAUAAUCAGCCGACCAAAGCUCAUCCGACUAGCGACUCCCCAAGAAUCUCUGAAGAGAUUCCAGAGAAUAAUGACCACCCACAACCUGAAAUCCCUGCUGAUGAAUCAGAGAUAGGGGAAGAGGAAGGGCUGGAUAUUGCGGAGAAGUGCUUCUCCCUCAUGGCUGAUAAAAUGAAGGAAAAGAAAACAACAACUAUUAAUCAUUUCAAAGAUUACAUUGGAAAUCAAGUCAUUGAAGCAGAAGAUGGAGAGAAAUUUGAAGUGGUCUACAUCUCGCCCACUGAUUUCCUUGAAGGCCUGGGUGAUCUUGACCUUGAGCUUACAGAGAAACAGGUCAAAUGCCUCAUGAUCAUUCUUGUAAAACCAGAACUUGACAAUGUAAUCCUGAUUCAAGAUCUUUGCAUGGUCAUGGAGAAUUUUGGAAUUGAAGAAGACAUAGAUGAUAUAACUGAAGGAAGCCCAACAAAAAGUGAAAAACAAGAUCCACAAGGAGCUUCUGGAACUGGUGUGGUUAACGCAAAUCCAAACCUGAUAGACAAUGAUUAUCACCAUUCUGAACCUGAUAAGCCUACUGAGAAAGUAGAGGAAGAAAUUCCUGACGAUUAUUCUAAUAAUGGAUUCCAAAUCCCUUCUUCUAAAGGAGACGAAAAGAAAUCAGACAAUAAUCAGGUUAAGAAUGAUUCUCUGAAUCCACUUUACCAAAAGUUUGAACUACAUUCCUCAGACAAUGAGAAAGAUAAGGAAGAACUCUACCAGCAUAAACUUGAGAAAAUAGAAAAAGAGGAUGAGAACAAGUUCGAAUUUGACAUUCCCGAUGAUUUCCAGAGCAAAGGAAAAGAAAGCGAAGACAAGGAAGAAAAAAUUGCCAAAAAGUCAGACUCUGACUCCCCUCCUGCACAGGGUGUUAAACCUGAGAUACCUCAACAUGAGAAAGCUCAGCCUAUGGCUGCGUCAAAAGCUAUCUCUGAUAAGGUGUCAGAAAGCAUCCCUGACGAACAGAUUGAGGAUGAGUAUUCUGAUAUAAAAGAUGAAUUUGAACAAAAGGAUGAUUCUGAUGCUAAAAGUGAGUCUAGCCCAAAGAAAGAAUCCAGCCCAAAGAAACAAUCUAGCCCAAAGAAGCAAUCUAGUUCGAAGAAGGAUUCUGACCCUAAAUAUUCAGAACCAGAGGAAGAAAUUGAAGAUAAUUAUUCUAUGCCUGAAUCUGAAAAGGUAUCUCCAACUAAGGAAUCUCCAGCCAAAGAUGCUCCACUAAAGGGAUCUUCAUCUAAGAGAUCUUCAUCUAAGAAGUCUUCAUCUAAGAAGUCUUCAUCUCAAGGAUCUCCAGUAAAAAAAGACUCGAAAGACGAUGAGAUCUCUGAAGAUUAUGGCGAUAACGACUUCGAUCAAGAUCAAGAGAAAAGCAACUCUUCUGACAAUAAGAAAGCUCAAUCAGAAGCUCAAUCUAGUGCUAAAGAUAUAUCCUAUCGCCAAGACACUGGACAGAGUAGAGAUGAUGAAGAAGACAAAGAUGGAACAGAUGAUGUCACUAGUAAGGGCACCAAGAAAAAGAAGCAUAUGAAGUUUGAAUUACUAAAACCAAGAUCGCUCCGCUUACUCUUUGACAUGACUUCCUUCCUUGGUGAGCACCAACCAGAAGACCUUUUCAAUGAGAGAAUAUAUGAACAAUUAAUCAAGACCAAGAAGAAGGAAAAUGUAGUUGACUUAUUAGCAGCUGAUGACUUUUUCGAAGUAUUGCACCAAGAAAAACUACUAAAAUAUUACCCAGAUGACUCACAGAAGCAGAAAGAGGUCGAACAGAUGAAGGAGAACAUAAAGGAAGUCCUCUGACUAGAUAUCCAAUACAAAGAUUUAUUCAUGAUGAAAUAAGAUCAAUAAAGUAGUCCAUGAAAUCAUCAAUAAUGCUGAGCUUCAAGAGAAAGCCCAAGAGUAUGUAUACUCAGAUGAUGAAAUUGAGGAGGAAUAUGAGGAAGAUGAAGAAGAGACCGAAAAAAAUGAAGGAGAUAAAAAAUCCAAAGCUAGUUCACGAAGAAAGAAGUGGUCCCCCAGAAGUAGCUCAGGAUUCUCCCGCGAGGAGGAUAAUCCAGGAAGUCAUAAAAAGCAACCUAAGCAAGACAUUGAAAGUGAUGCUUAUUCUGACCAUUAUGAAGAUGAAUUUAGCAAGAAAAAUGACACAAAUAAUAGCAAAUCUAUGAAAAAGGAAGAACCUAAGAAGCCAAGUCCUAAGAAGGGAAGUCCGAAGAAGGGAGAGCAGCCUUCUUCUAGUAUAAAAGAGCAGUCAAAUAUUGAAGAAGACAUCGAGGAUAAUUACGAAUUUGAAUUCUAA